GACGGUCAUCGAACGCCUUCUCGGCUUCUCAUUGGCCAGCUGCUGCCUUUCGCUUCAGGCUCUCGCGGGGCUGCUGUGCGAAGAUGGCGGCCGAACUGGUUGAAGCGAUGAACAUGGUGAAGAGUUUCCGGGUGUCUGAUCUGCAGACACUGCUGGCCUCCAUGGGCCGCAGUAAAAGCGGUUUGAAGCAGGAUUUAGUGGGAAGAGCUCUUCGGCUUGUGCAAACCGAGUACAGUCCAGAGCUGCUAAAGAACGUCCGACAGCUCUACGAAACGCGCUUCCCCAAAGCCUCGGCCUGGCUGGCUGCCCGACGCCCAGAAUCGGUGCCCGUAACCUACCCUGCCCUCAACACCUCGCCCAGAGUUACGGCCCAGGGAACAGACUACCUCAACGGCAUCCCCAAACCGGUGCCGCCUCCUCCGGCCGAAGUCAAACUGGUGCCCCUGCCAUUCUACCACAACCUAGAAACGCUGCUUCCGCCGACAGAACUAAUCGCUCAGAACAGUGAGAAGCUGCAAGAGAGUCAAUGUGUUUUUGAAUUAACAACAAGCCAAGUGGAACAGAUCCGGAACUCCAGUGAACUUCGCCCAGGGAUGAAAUCAGUUCAGGUGGUUCUCAGAAUCUGCUACACAGACUCAAUCGGUGUUCAGGAGGACCAGUAUCCUCCCAAUAUUGCUGUGAAAGUAAACCAGUCCUAUUGUCAUGUACCGGGUUACUAUCCCUCCAAUAAACCGGGUGUUGAGCCGCGUCGGCCCUGUCGACCCGUCAACAUCACGCCCUGGUUACACCUCUCCACAGCCACUAACAGAGUCACCAUCACGUGGGGCAACUUUGGAAAGCGGUACUCUGUGGCAGUGUAUCUGGUGAGGGUGUUCACAUCUGGAGAGCUCUUCAACCAGCUGAAACAUUGCUCAGUUGAGAGUCCCGAUCGUUGUCGCGAACGCAUUCAGGACAAGCUGCGCUUUGAUCCUGAGAGUGAGAUCGCCACUACGGGACUGCGAGUGUCCCUAAUCUGCCCUCUGGUGAAGAUGAGACUUGGAGUGCCAUGUCGAGUGCUCACCUGCGCCCACCUGCAGUGUUUCGACGCUGUUUUCUUCCUGCAAAUGAAUGAAAAGAAACCCACAUGGACCUGCCCUGUAUGCGACAAACCUGCUCCAUUUGAGCUUCUGACUAUUGACGGGUUGCUGUCUGAGAUCCUUAAAGAGACGCCAGAGGAUGUGGAGGAGAUUGAGUAUUUGACUGACGGCUCAUGGAGGCCAAUCAGGGACGACAAAGAGAAGGAUAGAGACCGGGAAAACAGUCGCUCGCCCGACUAUCCGGUGGUAGAUAUAUGUGUUCCUGAGGCGAACGGCCACUCUCCAGCACAUAGCAGCACAAACCAGUCCGGGAAGUCUGGAUCGGGAGGCGCGUCGGCAGGAACCGGCGGCACCAGUGCCGGGUCGGGAGGCGGAGCCGUGGUGGACCUGACUCUGGACGACUCGUCGGAGGAAGAAGGAGGGGGUGGGGCCGAGGACAGCGAGGACACGGACGACAGCCAGGACAGCCCCGCCCCCAAACGAGGCAGAUACGAUUAUGACAAAGACCUGGUCACCGCAUACUGAGACCGGCAGGACUCUUAGACUUGUUGGGGGGGAGGGGGGUGUAGAUGGGAUCUGAGCCUUGGAAAUUCAAGAAACGUGUCCCUGUAUCCUCUCCCGAAUGCAUACACACUCAUGCACGCACACAGACACGCAAACUCAUGCGCUGCAGACUUCUGGAGCAGUCGGGCGUCGUGUUGACAACUCGUUGAUGCCCCGUAAAGCCAUUCCCAGUCAUUCACUGCAUCCUAAUAUCGAUUCUCCCUUUAAAGACCAUGGAAGAGUAACACCACCUUCAAUUCUGCUCUAUUGUCCUCGAUUUCCUCUCCACUUUGUGUUCUGACAGGUUUAAACAUCCUGGGAAAUUUAAGAUCUUGCCUGUUUUAGGCUUUCAAAAUUUGAGAAAAGCCACCGUAUCUCAAAAAAGUUCAUUCCUUUGGUCGAGAUCAUACAACCAUUUGCAAUCUAUUCAGAGGUGUUUUCUGUUAGUCCUCCACAUAAGAUGUUUAUAUAUUAGCUGUUCGUUUCAAUGUGAUUUGGAGACAUUACUGACGAAUUUCCUCAAAUUUCUCUCAUUUUUGCUUUUAAUUUGUCCACAGAAGUUGACAACCUACCUCAGUCUAACAGCGGGCUUGACCAGAGGGUUAUUGAAAGGGUGUUGAAUGAAUUUUUUUUUCUUCUAGUUUUGUUUUCAAUCCCUUUUGUUUUUCUUGUACAGCAACACUGGAGAGGCAUCAAGCAUUAAUUAUUAUUUUGUGCUUGCCCAUUUAGGCAUCAUAUUAAAAAUGAUUCUGACUCUAGCAACGAGUUUCCGGUCAAGUCUGUCAGUCAACUAGCGUGAACUAAACUGAAUGCGGUGCGCAAAUCGACACUUCAUUCAGAGGGAAUGAAGGUUUGACAUCAACUGUCCUUUUGAGAUGCUAGUCAGCGAGUAAAUAUUGUAUGAUAUCUAAUGAAAUAAUGACAAUGUAUUAUUUCUGAUCAUUUAAUAGAAAAUUGCAGAUCUUAAUGUCAUUUAUUGCUUUCUUUCAGUUGUUUUGGUCCGCACAAGGCUGCUAAUGUCACGACUUGAGAGAAAUUCUACACAGGAAAGGCAGACAGAUAAAUCAGGUUGAGGAGACGACAACAUGUUGUUUUCUUUUUCUUCUAGACAUGACUGUAGUAUAUAGGUUUAUCUAGCAGGGGAGCAGUUGUUAUUGGCAUGAUACCUUAAAUUUAUUUUAAAACCUGAUCUUGUCAGUUCACUCCACUUUACACCCAUCGUAUGGAGGUUGUGUUUGUGUUCAUUUCAACCGGCUGUGGAGGUGUUAAAAUUUGCGUAGCGUUUUGUGGACUUGGAGACAUGCGCGGUUCUUAAAUAUUCCUUAAUUUGUUGUCAGAAUGAGUAUUUAUUGAUUUAACAGUUUUUGCUUCUUUUCUUUUAUUUGAAUUGCGUUUGUGCAUUUUGAGACAUUUCGCAGCGAUUUCACAAGUUUCCAGCAUGUUGCUUUGUGAUGGUAGAUAACGCUGUGUCCUCUCACGGCCUGCUGGUGUAUGCGCAAUUUCAGCCACUUGCGCAACAUAAGGGCGCUUAGUCUGGACGAUACAGACUUGACCUAAACCUCGAAAGAAAGAGAACUUGCGCUAAACAACCAAACAAAUGGCACAUCCAGGCGGCUGAUCUGUUGAGGAGGACUCAGGGAUGACGUGUUGUCUUUACAUUUUCUUCUCAGUCAAACUUGACUCUCGAACCAGGUUCCAGCAUUACCUUCAGGUCAUGUAAAGCAGUCAGAUCUCUGAUCUGGAAAUUCAGAUGUACUUUCAUUACAUAUACGAAUAUUGAUAAAUAGCUAAAGGACUUUUUUUUCCCCUUGUCCUCCAAGAUUCCAGAGAAAAUCACUGCACUAAGCUCACUAGUAGCAACUUUUAAAGGUUUUUGUUUCCAACUAAUCCUGAAUUCUGACUUGAAUACUCAGUACUGUAUCCUAUCUGUUCUUGGGAAGGUCUCAACAGAAGAAUAUCGCCAGGAAGGGUCAAAUUGCUUGUAAUUUUAGGUUCGCCUUUGAGUCGACAUGGUCUUCCGUCAUCUUUUCAUGAUACGCCCAACUUUUUCGCCUUUUAUUUUGAUUUUUUU